AGUAAACGAUUUAUAUUGCAAAACGUUUUGCAACAGAAUCGGCGUAAUGAUUACACCCAGAGAGUAACCCACUUUGCGGUGAGCUGUUGUAAAAUCACAGCUGGUUCAGCAUCCACCACAACAACACACUGCUUAGCAGAAAAGCGAAUUUAGAUUUUCUCCUCUGAUUUGGAACACCUAAACAGGUACGCUGGAAUUUUCUGACACCCACUCGGACAUGUCCUAUGUCUUCAUUAACGACUCGUCGCAGACCUCCGUUCCCCUGCUGCAGGCCUGCAUUGACGGGGACCUGCCUUUCGCCAAGCGGCUACUGGAGACGGGCUGUGACCCAAACAUACGGGACAACCGGGGUCGUACGGGCCUGCACCUAGCGGCUGCCAGGGGGAACGUGGACAUCUGUUGGUUCCUCCAUAAGUUUGGGGCAGACCUCCUGGCUACAGACUACCAGGGUAACACAGCCCUGCACCUCUGUGGACAUGUGGAUACCAUCCAGUUCCUGGUGUCCAACGGCCUCAAGAUAGACAUCUGUAACCACAACGGGUCGACUCCCCUUGUACUGGCCAAGAGGCGCGGGGUGAACAAGGACGCUAUCCGUCUGCUGGAGGGCCUGGAGGAGCAGGAAGUUAAAGGAUUUAACAGAGGAGCCCACUCCAAACUGGAGACCAUGCAGAUGGCUGAGAGCGAGAGUGCAAUGGAGAGCCACUCCCUGCUCAACCCCAACCUCCAGAACAGUGAGGGGGUACUGUCCAGUUUCAGGACCACCUGGCAGGAGUUUGUAGAGGACCUGGGCUUCUGGAGGGUGCUGCUACUACUGGUGGUUAUCGCCCUGCUCUCCCUGGGCAUCGCUUACUACGUCAGCGGGGUGCUGCCCUUCUCCGCCAGCCAACUGGAGCUGGUACACUGAGGAGGGAGAGAGGAACGGUCGGAACUGGGGCACAGAUAGAGGAAGGGGGGCGGUUAAAAAAAGAGGACAAGAAUGGAAGGUUUGGGGCGACAUGCAAGGAGGCACUGGGGUUUAGAUUGUAAAGGGGUGGGUGGAUGUUUUAACUUUUAGAUUCACUCGCGCACACAUACGUACUCGCAUAAUUCCAGCAAAACAUUCCCUUUCCAACCUUGGAGACUACUCUUACCUUAACAAUCCAGCCAAUUCUAGCAGAGAGCAGAGUAAUGCUUGUUCUCAUGUGAUGUCAUUGUGAUUGACAUGACUAGCCAGGGCUUGUUGUCCAUAUGUGAUGGUUAACAGUGGCUUUUCCCCAGGUGGGCCACGUCCCAAUGAUCUCUCAUUCCUCCUAAAGUGUGCACGUGUUAACUUCCCUUCACUAAUUUGGAAGGAUAUGACUGGUAUAUGGCUAGAACUGCCACCCAGGCCUCCACCAAUCCAAUGCUUUUAGAUUUGUGAGAAGGCGUGAAUGAGUGUACACUUCAGGAGAAAGGAGAUAUUAUUGGGCAGCACCCCGGGGAGUCUGCAUUUCCUGCAUUUUGUACUAUAUAUGUGUUCUAUAACAUUUGCUUUAAACAUUCUCAACGUGGCUCGUUAUGAAUGAGAAUCCACAUCAUUUCAUGUGUUAGUAAUCCCUAUGACAAAAUAAAUGACUAAAUCAAACUAAA